GAACGAUCCUCAGGUUCUUCUCGCGUUGGUUUUUUCAAAGUCUGGGGCUCUCACACAUCGCACCCCAUCGCACUGUAUCGCAUCUAUCGCAUUUCUGCCUGAUCUGAUCUCUGAUCUCAUCAGCAUGACCCGCGCCGUCUCAUUGAUCUGCGCGUUGCUGGCCUUCCACAGGUGCGGCAAUGAGUGCGGAUCCGUGUAGAUGCGACGGAUGAACUGACAAACCGGCAUUUUCCAUCUCUGCGUGUGUGCGCGUUGUGUGUUGUUCUCUCUCAGUGUGGUGGAUGGCCAUGUGCGCCGGCAGCUGCAGAGUGAAGAGGGUAGGUACCAAUCACACUGACUCCUGCAGAGAGAGAGAGAGAGAGAGAGAUUCGCACCCCACACGCACAGUCGCCUGUCCGUCUCUGUGUGUUCCCUACCGAUGUGUGUGUGUGUGUGCAGCCGCCCAGCCCUUUUCCGUUGACGACAGCGGCAUCAUCCGCACUUCCGACAACCUCCGCACCGUCGUCCGCACCGCCCCUCACCUCCACCACCUGGACCUGUCGUCGCUGCUGACACUCAACUUCAACGGCGUGUCGCAGCUCGAGACACUCCACUUGAUGUUCGACGACGAGAACGAAUCUGAGGUGCGCUGCACGAGGGGAAAGAGAGGGGUGGGGUGAAAGGGGCGUCAUGCUGGUAUGUGCGUGUGUGUCAGUUCAUUGGCCGCAUUGAUGCGGUGGUUCGGUCGAUCAAGGAUGCAGAGGCCGAGAUAUACCUCGCUGGCGGGUUCAAGGCCACCAUGGGCACCGGUCAGCGGCGAUGAGACAGACAGACAGACCCACACGACCCGCAGAGAGCCUCACGUGUGUGCAUUUGCAUUUCUGUCUGUGUGUGCGUGUGUGGGGCAGAUGGGCUGGUGCUGUACGAUCCUGCCGGCAAGGAGAUGAAGCGCAUGACGCGCACACCUGCAUCCGGACAAAACGACACAGACACAGACGAGGGCGACACACGACGGAUGCAGGGAGUGAGGCAUACACACACGCAGACGGACAGAGAGAGAGAGAGAGAGGCACAGCACGACGCACGGCACGCAUAACAUCUCUCUCUGUGCAACCGGUGUGUUGUCGUGGUCGUCAGGCGUUCUUCGGUCCCGGCUCGUCGUUUGACUCUGCCUUCGGCGGCCCCGGCCCCGCCAUAUACGGCGACCACCAGCUGGACGGAUGCCCCGCUAUGGGCUGCGGCAGUGUCAGAGGUAGGUACCGACACUCACCACCCACUACGCCAACACACGUAAGUAAUCGUCUGUGUGUGUUUGCAGUUGGUUUGGGCGCCCGCACGCGCGGCCGCAACGAGAACUGCGAACUGCAGACGGGGGUCGAGGGCGGGUGAGUGACCUCAUGCACCACUCACCAGACACAUCACAUGACACACGUGUGUGUGUGUGUUUGUGUGUGUGUGUGUGAAGGUAUGACCCCUGCCAGACGCCAGCCGUCAACACGGCCAACUUCGCCAACCCCGUGCGCGACUCGAUGCUGGGCAUCGACCCUGUGGACUGCAACUACUUCAUGCACAUGGGGUGCGCAGACAAACAAAACACACCGACAGACACACAGACAGACGUAUUUAUGGGCACAUUGCUGUGUGUGUGUGUUUAGGUGUUCGUUCGAGCAGCGCAACGGCUGGGGCAGCUGAGUGAGUGAGUGUGUGUGAGUGUUUGUGCCUUGAGUGUUUUUCACGACUCAUUGAGUGAUUGAAUGAGCGAGUGCGUGGCUGUGAGUAUUGUAGUCAUUUUACGGUGUUGGCCCACCUGCUUGGGUCAGUCAGGGCGCCAUGUUUCCAUCCAUCCAUCCAUGCGUUUUUCGCAGAGGCCAUCGACGGACGGGGAUCGUGUGUUGUGCAUGUGUCGGGUAGUCAGGCGCAUGAGAGUCAGUCAGGUCAUGCAGGACGCUUUAUGAGUCCAGACCAGGCGGGAGUCACCACUCAUGAGUGAGUAAAGCCUGUUGGUUGCGUGCGUUACACUGUGUUAUCUGUGCCUGCGCGAGAGCGCGGCUGUUGUGUGUUCCGUUGCAUAGUGUUGUGUUGGUGAGUGAGGCGAGGGAAAGAUGACACUCUUCACAGUGAGUGGGUGGCGCGAGACUAAGUGGUCUGUCCGUCGCCGAGUGCGGCCUUCGUUGUCAUAGGCAUAAACCCAAAC